AUGUCUAUCCAAUGGACAGACGACUGGGAAGAUAAAACUCACCAAACACUCCCAAGGUUGAUUAAGUCAUACGUCGACAAAGAAGACUUCUCACACGCCGUUCGUGAAAUCCUACGUCUAACCGAACUCCUGAUCCUGUCCAGCCACCUCACCGAGGCCCAUCUGAUUGCCUCGGCGGUCUAUAGAUUGGUUAAAGAUUUUGAACUCACCGACAAGGGCGAAGACCUUGACUUUGAGAUAUAUACACCUGCCACUCUAGAGAUUUUCUGGAAUGUGAAUCAAUCAGCCUUCCCCCGACCCAGGAGGGCACCACCCUCCGAUCGAGGAGACCCUGAAACUUGGAUGCCCCAACAGCAAUGGGGCAAAUACCGGGAAUGUACCCGUACAGGCUGGAUGUUGCAGCAUGUUGGGCUCGCCGAGCCAGAGAACCCCUCUGCUAUCUGGCGCGAGACAGAUGACCCAGCCAUGCUGGCGAUGUGUGCGCGACUGCUUGCGAAAACAGCCACCCCAUGUACCUAUCCGCCCAACGAUCUAGCGCGGGAAGCACUCGAGGUAGCGCAGAAACUCUAUGCAACGCCGGACACACCCAGGGAAGAGUGUGGUUCGGGGUCCGCCAAGCCAAAAAGACAGUCAUACUUACUGUACCGGCGGUUGGCUGUCGAGCUCGCGAUUCGCUUGGGUGAAUUGCAAACAGCGGCGGAUAUUCUUGGCCAAGGGCUGAGACAGGAUCUAUUUACUAACGGGGGCGGAUUGAGUGACUUUUUGAUGGUGCCUGGUAUCUACGAUGUCUUGCCUCUAUUGGCCCGUGGUGGGAAGGAAAGCAAUCCUUUCUUUAUUCCCAAAGAGGAUGCAGUGGUUAUGGUGAGGGAGAUAACUGCUGCACUGGAGCUACGGGCUGAGCAUGGGAGACAGUGGGCAUUGCAUCCAUCCAAGGUUGGAUGGAGGGAGUUGUUGGAUCGACUCGCUGAGGGGGCAUGGAAAGCCCACCCCAAAGAGUACCAGGACAUGGGCAUAAAGAGUGCCAAGGAAAUCUUGUAUGAGCCUGCCACGGAGGAGGAAAUUAUGGCGGCGGAGGAGAAAGUCGGGGAGCUGCCCGCUGAUUUAAAGGAGAUGGUUCGAUUGGCGAACGGAUUCAAGGGCGGCUGGCACUUCUUCGCAGGUGGCAUAGCGGGCAUUCAAUAUAUCACCACAGAGGGAUACGGCUAUGCAGACAUUGGCUAUGAGCAUUACGAAGAUGAGCUGGGAGAUAUCGAGUACAAUAUGAUUCAACUCGAGCCCGGCACCGAAUGCGAUUCAUUUGACCAUUUCAUCGUUCCUCCUAGGUUUUGGAAGGAGGGCAAGGAGCGGGCGGGAAAAGAAGUCAAAGAUGGCGAGUAUCAGUACUGGCAUUGGGCAUCUUGGAGAGGGAGUGGAAUCUGUCACUGGGACUCUGUGCGGGACUUUGUUUGUAGCUGCGUGGAGGAGGUAGAGGAGAUGAUUGAGAAAGGGGGAGAGGAGGACUGGGAAUCAAGCUCUUAAGCGGAUUACCUGGGGGAAGUUGAUUGCGGCGCACCGCAGUCUCUAACUGCCAGUGCGCCAGUUCAAUCUUGCCUGCA